AUGGCCCGACCAUUUUCAGAACAAGACCCGAAAACCGUAAAUCGAAUUCAGCAGCAAAUUUCGCAGCAAUGCCCGUUUGUCAAGAGAUACCAGGACUACUGGCCCGUCAAGAACUACAUCAACAUAUAUCUGUCGGGGUGCGUUGUCAGAGCUCGCCGCAAGGCCGAGAUGUUUCGGCUGGUGAACGAUCCUCAGCUUGGAUCGAACAAGAGCAAGCACUUCACCUCUUCAAGGGUUGCUGUGCCCCAGGCUCCCAGCACACCUCGCAAACACCCACGCCAGUUCAUAGGUCAAACACCAACAAAGAGGAGACUCCCAGGCAGCCCCGCCAGGAAAACUCGCACUCUCGCGAUCACAGACACUGUUAGAACUCGCACCAACGAACGAGCCACUGCUGCCCAUGCCAGGGGCAAGGGUGAAGGACACCUUUUCUCUCGCUCUGCCUCUCAGUCUUUGACAUCGACUUUUCACCGCACCCUUCCUCGUGGUUCGCAAGACCAUCACACGACAGUUGCAGAGGCAAGCCAGGUUGGAGCCUUCAACACAUUCUUUGCCAGAUCUCCCGCUAUGAAUGAGUUAAUGCAUAUUGAUGACAAAACCCGGCCCAUCUGGGACUUUCUCCAGUCGCUGGCAAUUCCAGCACCUCAUCUCUUCGCAAUCUUGCUGGCUGAUGGUAUCACCAGUAUCCGUAUCCUUCGUGCAAUCGCGAAGAUGUCUGCUUGUCGUGGGUGGGUGGAGUUGCUCGUGACGAGUGGUAGGGCAACUAUGCUUGAAGCUGAGAGCCUCUGGGAAGGGCUUACGGAGCUGGCUAAGGUGCAGAUCCCUGCCCGAAACAUGAUAUGCCUCACAAGCGUGGUCGAGAUUGGAUACGUCUGA